AUGUGUCGUUUUCGACGGCCCAUCGCGUCCCAGUAUACAGAUGCUGACUUACAGACGCGUGAAGGGCAACUUGGAGUGUUCUCACUCCGGGGACACGCUAGGGUGAGUCGCAGCAGAGCGAGCAGGAUACGGGGGAGAAUGGCACUAGGGAGUGAUUGUGGGUUGGGCAGCGCCCCUGCGGCAACUUUACAGCCAUUGAAUGUUCUUGGUCAGAGCGAUUUGUUCGGGAACUACGACACACAGCCCGUUGCGGGCGAUGAAACGCGAAUUCAGGGGGACAACCCUGAGGAGGUGGAUCGGUUUAUAUCGAGUUCUGGUGCUGCUGUUGCAUUGAAGCGUAAAGCGGCGUUGAAUGAGCCAGCGGGUCCACUGUAUGCACAAGGACAUUCCACGAGUACCAGCUGGAAGGAUGAUGACUUCUACGGGAUCAAUAUUAACGCGCUGUUGGAUAAAAUAGAGGCACAAGCCCAUGAUAAUGAUGCCACUGGUGGUGAUGAAGAAGAAGAACAAGGUGAUGGUGGUCUUCAUAAGGGUGAGCCGCAAGCGCAGAAACUCUGGGUUGAAAAAUGGCGCCCCAAAUCAUUUGUCGACCUCAUUGGCAAUGAGAAGUCUGAUCGAAUAUUACUUGCAUGGCUGAGACAGUGGUCGUUUGCUGCAUUCAAGGAGGAACCGCCAAACCCACCCAAAGCUGAGGACUCAAACGACGACAAGUCCGUUAGAGACAUUGACCCAUAUCAGAGACCGUAUAAAAGAAUACUGUUGAUCCAUGGUCCUCCGGGUAUCGGUAAAACCUCAGUCGCACACAUUCUUGCCAAGCAUGCUGGGUUUGCCGUUUCGGAGAUUAAUGCCAGUGAUGAGAGAGCUGGUCCCCUCGUCAAACAAAAAGUACAAAAUACCCUCUUCAAUCACACUUUCAAUGACAGGCCCGUCUGCUUGGUCGCCGACGAAAUCGACGGUAGUAUUGAGAGCGGGUUUGUCAAAGUUCUGCUUGAUAUCUUAUACCAAGAUGGUAAAGCUACAAAUCAGGCUAGAUACCGCAAUAUGCAGUCGACUUUUUCCAAAAAGAAGAAAAAUAAGAAGACAUCGAAAGUACUGCUGCGUCCCAUUGUGGCGAUCUGUAAUAACUUAUAUGCCCCAGCAUUAGAGAAGUUGAGACCUCAUUGCCAGAUCAUUUCAUUCAAGAGACCAGCUGAUAGUGCCUUGCAAGAGAGAUUGCAACAUAUCUGUAAAAGUGAAAGGUUACUUAUUUCAAAAAAAGUGGUGAAUAACCUAAUCGAUUUAUCCCAAGGUGAUGUGAGGAACUGUAUUAACAACUUACAGUUUCUAUCGAAGCAGAAAUACAGCGACGAAUCCAUUCUCUCCGUUAAGUCCAAUGAAGAGAUCGAAGGUAUUGGCAGUAAUCAGAAGGAUACAUCUAUGUCGUGGUUUAAAGUAGUGAAUGACAUUUUCAAGAAAGACAACAAUCGGGAAGUGAGGGAGCAGUUUUACGAAGUUUUGAAAAAUGUGGAAAUGAACGGGAAUUACGAUAGAAUUGUACAAGGUUGCUUUGCACUAUAUCCUACUGUGAAAUAUUCUGAUAACGGAGUCAAGAAACCGGCAAGUAUUACCGAUUGGCUCUACUUUCAAGAUCUGAUGCAUAAGUCUUUAUAUACACACAAUGGUGAGCUACUGCGCUACUGUCCGACAGUACCCCUGAGUUUCUUCCAUCAUUUCGGUGAUGUAGCCAACAAAACAGAUCAACGGAUCAAAAACCCAGAAUACGAGCAACGAGAAAUUUUGAAACAGAAUUCAGAUAUUGUCUCAUCCAUCCAAGACGGUGUCUCUUCCGUUGCGCCUAAACGAUCAACGUUUUUAAACCAAAAAACUUUGGUCAACGACAUCCUACCUUUCUUGGAUCACAUGCUCUCGGUGGACGUGCUCAAGGUAAAGGAUAAUAAAAUGAAAGUUUUACUAAUAGAUAGAAUGCUGGCAAUAUUGGAAGCUUUCCAACUGAGCAUCAACCAGAUGGAAAACGAAUUGACGGAUUCACGUCCCAUAUUAACUAUUGAUCCUCCGAUUGAUAAGAUUGUUGUUUUCGACUCCAAAAAGAUAAAGGAAAUUGUUACAAAGAGGCCUCACGUUUUGAACCUCUUGUUUGCCAAAUCGGAGGAAAACAAGGUCAAAAAGAGACAUAUUGACAAAGUGACGAAAGAAAAAGCCGCGCUGGAAGACAAUAAAUACAAAAACAAAAAGGCCAGGACGUUCGGAUCCAACUCCGUUGAUUUUUUCAAGAAACAAUACGAGUCGAUAAAUCUAUCUUCGCAAUCGGAAACUGGAAACAGUUCUGCGAAGCAUGUGAAUAAUAACUUUACUCCAGGUGACACCACGCCAACACCGAAAGACAGCGUGCGUAUUUGGGUGAGAUAUAAGAGUGGAUUUUCUAAUGCUGUGCGCAAGAAUGUUAGCUGGGAUGCCCUCUGGCAGUAG